AUGCGGUUAACAAUUAUAUUUUUCACGGUGAUAAUAACAGUAUGGGCUUCAGCCCAACAGGAGUUGCCAGGUCAAGUCGGCAGUGGCUUGUCUGAUACUGAUGGCAAUGCCGGAAUCAAAAAGAGUGACCGUGGUUUUGGUUAUAGUGACAGUUUUCGGGAAAAUACGGCUGUGAUAGACCACAAAGUUAUCAAAAAUCAAAAAUUGAAGAGUAAACAUUCAUACAAGAACCAUUUUCAAGCGAGAAGAAAAAAUCGUUUCGGGAGAGAGAAUCAUCGUGGUAGUGGUAACCGGGGAAAAAAUCAUGGUGUUAAUGCCGUAGACAAUACUGUGGUCAAUAAUAUUGAAAACAAUCGUGGUCAUGGCAAAAUAACUAAUACUGUGGUAAACAACAUUAGUAGUAACGUCGGUAAUUCUGAUGGUAUUAAUUACAGUUCAAAUUCAGUGAGCAGUAAAGUUCGCAGUGCUGGUGGUGAUCCUCAUGCUUAUAAUUUGGUAAAAAGUAAUGUUUCUAGUAUUGCUGGUAGUCAUGGUAGAAAUAACUAUGCUUCCAACUCAAUAAAUAAUACUGUCGUUUAUUCUAAUCCUACGCGGAAUAGAACUUUAGUAGAAAAUACUGUUUUGAACAAUAUCAAUAACAACGUUGAAGGUAGUGAUGGAAAUCAUCAACUUAGUUCUAAUUUAGUAAAUAAUAAAGUUCUUAAUCAUAAUAAUAAUACAGUUAAAAGUGACAGUAACGCGGUAAAUAUUACUGUUCCUAUAGAUUCUAAUAACAGUGCUAAAAAUACUAUAGCAAAAAAAACUGUUCUUGAAGAUAGUAUAGAUGGGAAAGCUAAAAUUAAUCCAGUGGUUAAAACUGUUUCUGAUGAUAGUAAAAGUAGGAAUGCUAAAACUAAUCCAGUAAACAUAACUGUUCCCGAUAAUAGUAAAGAUGGAAAUACUGAAUCUAAACUAUUAAACAAUAACGUUCUUAGUAACAAUAACACCACGAAAGAUGACAACAGUACUUUGGUAAAUAAAACUGUUCCUGAUGAUAGUAAAGAUGGAAAUACAGAUAAAAACAAUACUGUUCUUAGCAAUCCUAUUAACACUGUGAACACUACAGUAAAUAAAACUGUCCCUGAUGUUAGUAAAGAAAGAAACAAUACUAUUCUUAGCAGUACUAAUAACACCUUUGACACUGCAGUAAACAGAUCUGUUUCUGGUGAGCUUAAAGAUGAGCUCACUGGAUUUAAUUUGUUAAACAGUACUGUUCGUUGCAAUAAUAAUUCGAUAGAAAACAGUAACAGUAGCUUAGUGAUCAAAACCGUCCCUUUGGAUAUUAUCAAAAAUAUAACUGAUGUUUCCAGUUUAUCAAACAGUACUGUUGAUAACGGCAAUACUACUGUUGGAAACGAUACUUUAAUAGUUAUUGUAAGUGAUAAUUCUACCGUACAACCCAUCAGUAUUAAUGUCACUAGUGUCGACAGUAGUAGCAAUUCAACAAAUUCAAGUACCGUCAAACUUAAUCCAAGAAACACUACUGAAAUUGCAACAGAAAACAGUCAGAAUAACAUGACGGUAGUCAACACUAAUAGCACGGUAUCAAAAGCAGUUGACUUGAAAAAAGAGGCGGUGCUGGUUACUGUUGAUGGCACUGAUCGCACUGGAAGUAAAACUAUUGAUGCAAUUAUAAUCGGAACUGGCAAUGCUAAUCCAGUGGUAAGUACUGUCAAUACUCCUGCCACUAGUGUGAAUAUUGUCAAACCUAAUACGGCGACUGCGACAUUGCUUCUACAAAACGCGAUUUUGGGCACCAUUAGUAACCACGAAACCACUUCUGCUAAUACAGGUGGUCUUAUCAAUUUAUCACCAGUUACCGAUAUUGAAGCCAAAUUGGUGAACGUGGGAAAUAUCGUUUCCUACAUGAUGUAUCACCCACCGAUAUUGUCGUUUAUUCUGAAAUAA